AUGAAUUCUGAUGUAUUCAAGUCUUGGUUCACCUCUAUGUUAAGAAGUCUUGAAGAAACGUCUGUUAUUGUAAUGGACAAUGCAUCAUACCAUUCAACUCUUAUCGAUGAUUUUCCGAAAAGUAAUACAAGAAAAACAAAUGUGCAGAACUGGUUAACCAAAAAAAAAAAUAAUAAUUUUUCACCGUUAAAACUUCUACCUGAACUUAGAAUGAGAGUAAAAGCUUUAAUACCAUUCGAAAAAAAAUAUGAAUUAGAUAAAUUGGCAUUGGAAAUAGGGCACGAAGUAAUUCGACUUCCACCGUAUCAUUACCAAUAUAAUCUAAUUGAACUGAUAUGGGCCCAGGUAAAAUAUCAAAUAGCAAAAAAUAAUACAACUUUUAAAAUUGUCGAUAUUGAACGAUUGACAAACGAAGCGUUGGAUUCAGUCACUCAACAGGAUUGGGAAAAAUGUGUAAGACAUGCUGAAGCGUUACAAGACCAAAACAAUGAAAAAGAAAUCAUGAGCGAUAGUGUGUUGGAGCCAAUUAUUAUGACUUUCCUACCAGAUGACAGCGAUUGGGAGUCCAGUGACGACGAAGAAAAUUCGGAAUGUAAUUAG